AUGAAUCUCUAUCCCUUGCAAAAGAUCUCUUUUCUCCUUGUGAUCACAAGUACUAUAUGCCUAUUGUAUAUUCCAAGAUCUUUGGGUAAGGAGGAUGAUGAGCAAUACCUCAACUGCAGCGCUUCGUUUCAAUGCGCAAAUAUUCCGAAUAUUGGUUACCCUUUUUGGGGAUCAAGCCGGCCCAAUUAUUGUGGCUUCCCGGAAUUCAAGUUGAACUGCACCGGGGACGCCCCGGUGAUCUCAUUCCAGGAUGAAGAUUAUCGAGUCCUGGAUAUCAACCAAAGUGCACGUACUCUUAGAAUCGCUAGGACAGACUACUGGAACAACGUUUGUCCUGUGUCACCUGGCAACACCACAAUAGAAGUAAACCAUGUAGAAUAUGCUUCAGAUGUUCAAGAACUACUGCUGUUCUAUGACUGCCCCCCACUCAAUAUUCCUCUUCCAAUUCAGCUAACAAGUCAGUUCAACUGCAGCAUAAACAGCACUGCCAAUUACAUCAAUUACUUUGUCACACAAAACCUCACGAAUUCUGGGCUCGCGAAUAUUAGUAGUACCUUUGGAACGUGCAACAAGACCGUCACUGCCCUCGUUUCGCAAUCAGCGCGUGAAAAUUUGGCGAUGAAUUCCACCAAGGACAAUCUAGUUGCCGUUCUUGAUUCUGGGUUUGGGUUGAAAUGGGAUACAAGUAAUAACUUGUGUAAGCAAUGUAACGGAACUGGUGGUCAGUGCGGGUACAAUACAUCUACAGCUGAGUUCACCUGCUAUUGCAAGGAUGGACCUAAUCCCUCAAACUGUGCAGGAAAAAAGAAGGAAAUAGCAAUAGGUCUUGCUGUAGGAGGUGCAAUCCUUUUUGGCAUUUUCGUAGGAUUCUAUAUAUAUUCUUUCAUACAAAAAAAGAAGAAGAAACUUGCUGCACUAGCUCAAAGCAAAGAGAUUCCGACACCCCUCACGAGCAAAAGCAUUGCUACUCCCUCAACUAAUCUCUCUCAAUCUCAAAGCAUCCCUUCGUAUCCUUCCUUUAAUUCAAAGUCAGACUAUGAUAAGGGGAGCACUUACUUUGGAGUUCAGGUCUUCAGCUAUACUGAAUUAGAGGAAGCCACUGAAAAUUUCAAUCCUGCUAAAGAACUUGGAGACGGAGGAUUUGGCACUGUUUACUAUGGUAAGCUACAGGAUGGCCGUGUAGUUGCAGUGAAGCGCCUUUACGAGAACAAUUUCAAACGUGUGGAGCAGUUUAUGAACGAGGUCGAGAUCUUAACUCGUCUCGAACACCGGAACCUUGUCAAGCUGUACGGAUGCACCUCAAGAAGGAGCCGAGAACUCCUCCUUGUUUACGAGUAUAUUCCUAAUGGAACAGUUGCUGACCAUCUCCAUGGGAAAAGAGUCGAAUCCGGGUUUCUUAGUUGGCCUGUUCGAUUGAGCAUCGCCAUAGAGACAGCUGAUGCACUGGCUUUCCUGCACCGCAAUGAUGUAAUACACCGUGAUGUCAAGACCAACAAUAUUCUCAUAGACAACGACUUUUGUGUGAAGGUCGCUGAUUUUGGGCUCUCAAGAUUGUUCCCCAACGAUGUCACGCAUGUUUCAACUGCUCCACAAGGGACCCCCGGCUAUGUUGAUCCUGAGUAUUAUCAAUGCUAUCAACUCACGGACAAGAGUGACGUAUAUAGCUUUGGCGUGGUCUUGAUCGAGCUCAUAUCAUCACUACAAGCAGUGGAUACCAAUAGGCACCGGCACGAUAUAAAUUUGGCCAACAUGGCUAUCAACAAAAUUCAAAAUCAUCUAGUGAAUGAGUUGGUUGAUCCUCUUCUUGAGUUCGAAACGAACCAUGUUGUUAGGGGGAUGGCAACAGCAGUGGCAGAAUUGGCCUUCCGAUGUUUGCAACAGGAGAGGGACAUGAGGCCAACCAUGGACGAAGUGUUAGAUGGUUUGAGAGCAAUCCAGAAUGAAGAUCUUGGUUCAGAAGACGGUCAAGCAGUUGUGCUGGAUAUCGGGGCAGAUGACGUUGGACUCUUGAGGAACAUGCCUCCCCCACUCUCACCAGACUCAGCCGGAACUGAUAAAUUGGAAAGCACCAUUGUCGUACGCGGAUGGUGGACUAACUUUUGGUACAAUACUUUCUUCGCUACAAAGCGCGGCAGAGAUGGCCUUUGUUGUCACUACGUCACUACGAUAUUUUGGGUUUUGGCAAGUUCACUACUUCCCAAAGAGAAGAAGCCUACCAUACUUCCUUUGCCGUGCAAAAGCAUUCCCAAUUCCUCAAUUUUGUUGUAUGAAUUGACUAAGAGCUCAUUUGAGAGUGAUUUUGAGAGCCAGAAUCACUUAUGGGGGGAAAGGUUUGAAUUUAAGGAAUUUAUUAAGACACAAUUUAGAAUGGUUUAG